GCAACACAACCUUCCAAUAUGCUGAUAAAGCAAUUAAUGCUGAGGCUAGUACUUCCUAUGUGGUUAACGCAGUUAAUAUUAAUGCUAAAGCUUGUAUCUUUGAUAAAAAUGUGGUUGACAAAAGUGUGGUUGAUGAAAGUGCAGUUGACAAAGGUGUGGUUGAUGAAAGUGCGGUUAACGAAGGUGUGGUUGAUAAAAGUGCAGUUGAUAAAAAUGCAGUUGACAACAAAACUAAUUCUUUUUGUAAAAAUGAAAUUGCUAAAGAAGCUAAUGAUAUAAGUAUUAAUAAUAUGAAAGAAAUUUUACCAUACUUAGAAUGUCAGGAUGCUGCACAUCAGUUGUUCAUUGCUACUAAACAGGAAAUA